AUGCUUCUUCUCCCGCUCUCUCUCCUCGCUCUCCUCGCACAAAUCGCGCACACCUCCGCUCUCGCAGUUCCCCCGUCUCAUGGACUUCCCACCCGCCGUUACGCGUUCACCGCGCGCGCCCCGCAGUCCUCACACCACCCGGUCUCCGCCGCGCGGCUUUCCGCCGUCUCAAGCGCUGGGGAGGACACACCAAAGGUCUUCGACUACGGCUUCACCCGUGCGGACGACCAGAUCUACACCUGCACCAUCCUCGUCAACGGCGUGCCCUUCCAAGUCUUGCUUGAUACCGGCAGCGCCGACUCGUGGAUCGACCCGUGGUCGGUGGGUGGGGUCGAGAUCCCAGACCUCGUCGAGACUGGGGUGAAUUCGUCUACGGUCUACGUCGAUGGGUCCUCGUCAACGGGCCCGAUUGUACUGGCUGAUGUGACCUUUGGGCCGUUCGUGGUUAGGAACCAGGCGAUCACUCUCGCAUACGGAGCGUCAGGUAGUUCGGUAAAUCCCGGCUUCUCAAAUGGUCUCCUCGGACUGGCGGGAGGUGCGGCGUCAAGCGUGUUUCACCAGCUCGAGAACACGACAUGGGCCGAGAAUGGGGCACCGAUCAUGUACAACCUCUUCUCCCACCAACCCGACCUCGCACCGUAUUCCACCUGGCUUCCGUCUCAUACGGAUAUUGGGCUGGGCGACGGAGGUGUCCUCACCUUUGGUGAAGUCCUCGCGGACAAGACCGCUGUCCUGGAUGCCCCGCGGAUGGAUAGCGUUGUGCCCAGCGAGUGGACGGUGCUCAUGGACGGCAUCUUCGUCGACGGAAAGUUCCUCACAGGCCAUUCGAACAACUCGGAGGCGUUCAAGAACCUAGGAGUGGUUGUCGAUGACGACCAGACGAUUGCGACAUUCGACACUGGCACGUCUUUCAUCCGCGCCCCCGACUACUACGUCGACGCCAUCUUCGGCUCGAUCCCGAACUCGCAACGCAUCGUCGACGAAGGCGAGAUCCUCUACGAGGUCCCCUGCGACACCAGGCUCAACAUCUCCUUCGUCUUCGGCGGGAUCGCCUACCCCCUCGACCCCGCCGACGCGCACCGCGUCGUCGUCUGGGAUGACGGCGAGCUCGUCUGCCUGAGCUCCUUCAUCGGCGGCGACAACUUCGGUCGCGACUGGCUCCUCGGCGACACCUUCCUCCGGAGCGUCUACUCGCUCUGGUCCUACGGCGACGGCCGCGACGCGCUCGCGCCGCCGUCCAUCCAGCUCCACACCCUCGUCGACCCGGACGCCGCGUACGCUGCCGCCGCCACCGCCCUCCGCGCGCGCGCGCUCGCCUUCGCGGCCGACUUCGCGUCGACGCGCGCCACGCCCGUCCCCGCCGCGCCCGCGACCGCGCGCCCGGUCUUCACGGGCCCGCACGCGCUCGCGACCGCGAGCCUGACGCGCGCCGCGCUGCACACGGCGUUCCCCGCCGCGGAGGCGCUCCCCACGGAGGACGACGACGAAGACGAAGACGAGGAAGAGGAGGAUUGGAGCCGCGCGCACGUCAUCGCGGGCGCGCUCGGCGGCGUGCUCUUCGUUGGGCUCGUCGUCGUCGGGGCGGCGCGCUCCGCGGUGCGCUGCGCGGACGAGCGCGCGCGCGCGCGGGACCGGGGCCGACGCGCGUGGGAGUACCUGCCGCUCCGCGCACACUCGGCGAGCCGGGAGGGGUUCGCUGGUGAGGACGAGAUUUACGGUGCGGCGGACGUGGAGGAGGAGGAGGGGGGGUUGGGGGUCGCGUACGACUCGGACGCGGAGAGCGUGAGGACGGGGAUGCUCGAGGCGUACGCGGCGCGGUGUCGAGUUCAAACGUUCAUGUACCAUGAGCUUCGCGCCUGCAUCAAGUCUCGGACUUGGCUCUGGGCUUCGGAUGCACGGGAGAGUGAGGGAGGCGUGGGCAAGGCGUGGACAGCAUCGAUAUCGCGCUCUUAUUAUUGUGGUCCCAUCAAAGCGCAGCAACGUCACACUGUCUCGGGUAGCGCUGUCACGCAGCGCCCUGCUCCCUCCUGCCCCUGA